AUGCCCCAAUCUCGUCUUUGGAAACCACUCAGAAUCGCUGGAGUCGAAGUCAAGCACCGCAUUGGCAUGCCCGGACUAUCCCGCUUCCGGGCCACCGAUGACCAUACUGCGACGCCCAUGAUGAAGGAGUACUACAGCCAGCGGUCGCGAGUUCCAGGCACCCUGAUUAUCACAGAGGCUGGCAUCAUCUCGCCAGGCGGUGGUGGCUAUCCCAAUGCGCCGGGCAUCUGGAGAGACGACCAGGUCGCAGCCUGGAAGACCAUCACCGACGAGGUCCACCGUAACGGCUGCUUCAUGGUCUGCCAAUUGUUUCAUAUCGGCCGCGCGGCAAACCCCGAAACGGCCAAGAUGGAAGGUAUCGAGAUUGUGUCCGCCAGUGCCAUUCCUCAUGAUGCGGCCGCUCCAGUGCCGAGGGCUCUGACGGUUGAGGAGAUAAAGCAGAUUGUGCGGGAUUUCGCUACCGCAGCGGAUAAUGCCAUGCGCGCGGGUUUCGACGGUGUCGAGCUCCACGGCGCAAACGGUUAUCUCAUCGACAGCUUUACACAAGACGUCAGCAACACCCGCACCGACGAGUACGGCGGCAGCAUCGAUAAUCGGUCUCGUUUUGUCUGCGAAGUCAUAAAGGCCGUCGCUGACGCUAUCGGGCCCCAGCGUGUCGGACUCCGCCUGAGCCCUUGGAGCAUUUUCCAGGGAAUGCGUAUGAGAGACCCGGUCUCGCAGUUUUCCGACGUGAUCAUCAAGGCGAAGAUGCUAGGCCUCGGCUACAUCCACCUGAUCGAACCGCGCGUCUCAAAUAACAUGGAUCUGGAACACCCCGUCAAUGAGACGCUGGGUUUCGCGAUUGACCUCUGGGACGGGCCGAUCCUUCUCGCCGGGGGGUAUCGGCCAGAUAAUGCGCAGAGAGUGCUCGAUACAUAUCCAAACAAGGAUAUUAUGAUCAUGUUUGGAAGGUCUUUUGUUGCGAACCCGGAUCUAGUGUUUAGGGUCAGGAACGGUCUGCCGCUUAAUGAUUACGACCGCAGCACGUUUUACUCCAUCAAGAAUCCUGUAGGAUAUAUUGAUUAUCCAUUCAGCGAGCAGUUCGUGGCAAACGAAAUGUUGAACUGA